AGCAGUGGGUCAAGAUGAUACAGUGUUGUCGGUAUCCAUUGCACGGUAUUCAUGCAGAUAGAACCGACAGAGCACCUUAGUAAGGAUUUGUUCUAGUCACAAUAUGGCUGAGGUCCGGGUUACAAUUCGUCAAAGGUAGACGUAAAUGCCAAGGUCAAGGACUAAACUGGGUCAGAUAACACGUGUCAAGAGGUUUCAGGCUGGGACCACCGUUGGCAAAUCAGUGGACCAUGCUGGACGUGGAGUUGCUGCAGAGACUGCCCUACUCGGACCAUCUUCUUCACCUGGUCAAGCGGUGUGAGGAAUGGCUACCAAGAAGCCUCGCGGGCCGGGCCGUUCUGGUCGGAACUGUCGCCGGGGUGGCGGUCUAUCUGGUAACCAAGAAGAGGUACAAGCUACCCCCAGGGCCGCGUGGCUGGCCUUUACUGGGGAACCUGUUAGAUUUCCAGAACACGACCAUGUAUGAGAAGCUAAACGACUGGAAGACUAAGUAUGGGCCAAUAAUUAUGUUCCACAUGGGUCCUGAACGAAUGGUGUCCUUGAACAGUAUAGAGGUCGUAAUGGAGGCGCUAGUAAAACGACAGGCCGACUUCGCUGGGAGACCACAGUCCUACUCGUCCUUGCUAAUAAGCGAUGGGGGAAGGAACAUUAUGUUAGGACAAUACAGUCCCACGUGGAAACUACACAGAAAAUUGGCCACGAAAGCCUUAAGAUAUUACAUGACGGGAAGCAGACUUGAGGCUGGUCUGGAGCGAUCCCUCAGUAAAGGAAUCGACCUGAUGAAACAACAAGGGGAGCCUUCAACCCCCACAACAUUAUAUCCCUCGUUGCCUUCAACAUCAUCAACAAUAUGUGUUUUAAUGAAACAUGUGACAUUGGCGACACGUAUUUUAACGACAUGAUAUCUGGACUUGACGCCUUCUUGCACGAGUUCGGCAGCGGUGUCCUUGAGGACGUCAUCCCACCCCUCCGCCUCUUCCCCACCCAGCAGCUGAAGCGGCUGGUGAAGCUCGCUGAUCAGUUCUUCGGUUACCUUCGGCGGGACAUCGAGAAACAUCGGCGGACCUUCUC